CGAUACUCGGAUCGAUCUCGCAGACGCCGCCGCCGUCUCGUCCAUUCUUAUAAGAAGAUGAAGUUAAAAAAAUAUGAAAAUAAACAGAAGCUGGAUUAAAGGAAACAUUCCUAGCAGGCUGUUAUAUCCUGUUACUGAAUCGACGUUCUGGUUUUAGGAAGAGAAUGCUCUGAUAUAGACAUUUCAUUUUUUAAAUCUAUUAUCAACUGUUGAUAUUUUGAAGUGUUGACACACAGAUUCACGUGGACAGUGGAGCAUGUUAUUCUUUCAGUUCUUGGAUAUCAACAAAGUUUUAAGUCUUCUUUUCUCUUUGCGUAAGAUCUCUUUGAGAGUACCUUCUGUCAAUCAAACAUGAGAACUGCCUCUUGACUUAUUUAACAUUUCUUCACUCACGAGAUCGGCCAACGAUGAUAUGUCAUGACUGGACGUCACCCACUUCCGGUGUAACCCUCAGACAUGCGCGUGGCUGCGGAUGACUUCAUCCGAACGCCGUACACAGCAUUCGUCGCCUAUCUUAUGGCCAACGCCUUGAUGGGCGCUAUAUUUGCUUCGCCAUUGCCCUUGAAGCGAACCAAGAAUCCAAAAGAACGAAACUUCACAGUGGAAAGUUCGACGAUCCAGCAGCAACCGGAAAACAGACCUGGUGUCUUCAACCUUUACAAUUUGAGAGUCUCUGUCGUCUGUGACGACACGUCCUCAGAAUUCUGCAAUGUUAACGCUACGGGCUGCGCCAUCUUGAAACAUUUCAAAGACGACCUGGAUUACGGAAGCGGUUUCUUCAACGGGUGCAACAACGGCACCACCUGCGAGAUGGCUGUCGAGGAUCCCCACCGCGAGACCCUCGACUACCAAGUCCACGGCUUUGGUGUUGUUUUAACCAAGCGCUUGUUCUCCAAUGCGUCUCUGCGCUUGAAUGUCACCUUCUGCGUAACUAAAAGUCGCAGCCUACGCGAAAAGAUCCUCGCCAUUGAUUCCUGCGCCACUUCAGAGGCUAUCGACGUGAUAGUGGCCAUAGGAGACGUGUCUACCGUUCAGACCGCGGUCAUUGUGGCAGAGGGUCAAGGCUUGCCAAGUCUUGGAUAUAUAACAGAGUAUGGACACGGACAGAAGUUUAUACAAGGCGACAACUUUGUCCAGCUUAAUCCCAGCCCUGAAGCCCAGGGGAAAGCACUGACCCAGAUAAUUGGCCAGUUCAACAUGAAGCAGACAGCGGUAAUUGUCGAGGACACCCGGAUGGCUGACGGCUUUCUCUUCGGCGUCCGGCACGCCAUAAAUGUCCGCAGUCAGGAUGUCUUCAACGUGGUACCUAUGGACAAAAUGAUUCAGAACAAGGCUCUCUUUUUAAAACUGACCGAAUUGUCUAACGUUGGCCUCAAAGUCUUUGUGCUUCACUGCUCUCCGGAACUAAUGCUGAAGGUGGUCAAAGCUGCACUGACCACGCGGCUCUACAAUACCGGACAUGCUUGGUUUCUGAGUGAAAUGGCUUUCAGCCGUGACCCAGAAAUCAUUGCCCAGUUGCCCGAGGGUCUACUCGCCAUUGACAACUUCUGGCUGGGAGGAUUACCCGACGCCAUCGUCAGCUUUCUGGACAACGUACUUACGGCCACGUCGUAUGUGACCAACAACAUCUACAUCAGCACAGACAGCAUGGUGUCUCUGCAUCAAGCUCCACCAGUCCUCGCGGAGAAUGGUACAGCAGUACUGGAAGGCUUUCGUGACAUUCACAACUUUCCAUCUUCUUUCAAGAGAUAUCUGCAAACUGUGGUAGACUGCUGCACCAAUCACUCAGAUCACUUUGAAGAAGACAAAGCUGAGAACUCAUUCGAUGACAAGAGGUCAGAGUACAUCGGCGGACGGAAUGUAGAAGAGUUUUUCGACGGAACAAACCCCAACCAGGGAGCCGCCUUCUACUUGCUGAAUACCGUUGAAGACGGCACUGGGACACGCAUGUGGGCCAAGGUGGGCUACGUGGCAUCCAGCGGCAGACGAGACCUGAAGACUGUCUUGUGGCCAGGUCAUAAUAUCUAUGGGCCUUCCUCCAGUACAGUUAGGACCUACCGGGUGGUAACACGUCCAGCUGAACCUUUUGUUUUUGUUGGUGACCAGGUGUGGAGGAAAGAAGAAUGUUUUGGAGAUGUCCCUUGUCUGAAGGUAGAGAACAGUUCCCACAGCUUGUUGGCCGCUGUGGUUGAUGACUUCCAGUCUGAGAUGAAGUCUAUAGGCCAGCUGUACACAGUCCACUGUUGUAAGGGGCUGACACUGGAGAUGUUAAACACAUUGGCACAAAACUUAAACUUCAGGUAUGUUGUUUACUUUGUCAACGACACCAACUACGGCACUGUCAAAGACGGAAACUGGACCGGCAUGGUCGGUGACGUCAUCGAUGGCACCGCUGACAUCAUUGCGGGCGCCUUCAGCAUGACCUCAGAGCGGAUGGCUGUCUUAGACUUCACAGAACCCUACUACCAGAACGAGUACGCCUUGGUCACCGGAGAGGACGCCCACUACGUGUCCAUUUGGGCCUUCAUGAGUCCGUUUUCUGGCCAGGUGUGGCUGUGUAUCAUGGUCAGUUCUAUAGUUGCUGGAAUCGCAACGGCUUUUUUGGAAUGGCGGAGCCCUUUCGGCCUCAAUCCUAGGGGCCGGAAGAGAACGAAGAACUACGGCCUUGGGUCUGGGCUUUUGAUGGUCAUGGUGCUCUUGACCGGACAUACAAUUAACAUCAAGGCACCAAAAAGUUGGCCAGGUAAAGUGAUCCAGAAUGUAUGGGCCGGCUUGGCCAUCUUCAUCAUGACCAGUUACACGGCCAAUCUAGCAGCCUAUCUUGCUGGUCAGUCAGCGGUGUCUUCUGUCAAGAACGUGUUCGACCCAGAGCUUCUGACCAAACGUGUGGCCGUCAUGAAGUCCAGCGCUGUGGAGAAUUACCUGUCUAAAAUUAACCCAUCCUUAAGCAAAAGGGCCAAGAUUAAUUACGUCACCUCCACUGUCAUGGCUAUAAAUAAACUCAGGGACCGAACUAUUGACGUCUACCUAGAUGAUUCGCCCUUGUUGCAAUACGGGCUCGUUAAAAACGACAAAGACUGCCGGAUUAGAUUUGCCGGGAAAGGAUUCGGCGCUGAUGGAUACGCCUUUGGAUUGUCACGACAUUCUUGGCUGAAGAUUCCAAUGUCCAAUGAGAUCAUGAAAUACACUCAAAGUGAGAAGUUCCAUGAGCUAGGAAAGAAGUACCUGUCAAGACCUCAAUGUGAGCACUUUCUCUCUGGCACUGCAAACCCUUACGGGCUGGAGCACACAGGAGGGCUGUUCAUCAUUCUCAGUUCUGCUAUCCUGAUUGCGGUGUUGUUUUUAAUCUUGGAGCACCUGGCCUAUCAUUUCGUGGUGCCCUGGCUCAGAAAGCAGCCGGCCGAGUCAUUCUGGAAGACAGAAAAUCUGGCCUUUAUCUCACAGCGAGUGUUUCGUGUGGUCCGCAGUGAACGGCUGUACAGCCAGAAGCAGGCGGCCCAGGAGAUGAUCUCAAUAGUCAGACAGAGGGACUUCACCAGGAUUAUACAGAAGAAUGAAUUACAGAAACGGAGAGCUACUGCUCAGAGAAGAGUGAAAUCAAAAGCCGAAGUGUUUCAAGAAAUCACGGCCAACAUUGUCAGCUAUCACCGGCAGCUCCAGUCCGCCUCUGAAACUGCUGACAACUCCGAGGCCGAGAUUGACUUCGAGGGCCUCCAAGACUACGGGGACGAAGGCCUCCAGGACUACGGAGACGAGGGCUCUAGAUCAGAUCUCGACGGCGCAACCUCUGGAGUCAAUAACGACGCUUACGACGCCACUGACAGCUCGGACGCGGCGAUGAAUCGAUUCCACCUGAGACGUGCCUCGAGUGUGAGUAAUGACAUGACGAGAGUCUCCAGUGACGAGGCCGUGUUUCAGCGGGACAGCGGGCACUUUCAGGACGUUUCCGACAAUAAUGUGGGCAGGAAAGUGUCGUCCCGGUCUCUAGGGUAUGGAAUCUCCUCAGACUUUAGUCCACGAUUCCGGAAGCGGUCAGAUUCCUACUUUGUUUUCCCUUCGGUCUCCAAGUGUAAAGAAAGAACAAUGUCGGAUGCAAACAAUCGUGCCUCUGGACACAUAGAACAAAGACAAGUUCACAAACAGACAGACCUUGAUAAGAAAAAGGAUUCUAUAUUAAAACUAUCAACCGACCAUUCAGAACUGAUGGACGCACACAUAAUGACCACACCUCCCCCCGAUAGUAAAGGGAGCGUGUAUUAUAAUUCUCCAUCUUCUUCCUCAGGGAGAUCACCCAGCGAAGAAAACCGUGAAUUUUCACCCUUACCUUCACUUACCUCCCCUAGCAUAGAUGAUUUUCCGGACUGUAGAGAAUUGUCUGGUAGUUUUUCCCCAUUGCCACCAAACAGCAGCCCUUCUUUAAUGUCUGCUGACCCGGACUUUCCAGCAAACAACGAACCGGGCAUAGCGAGUGAACUUGCUCACAGUAACAAGGCAGCUAAUGUUUCACCGGAACCAGCGCAGCUAAAAGAUUCUCCGACAAAGAUCGGCCUCCAUUCUUUCAACCAACUGCCUAGGCGAGAGCCACGCAAUAACGAGCUCCCUCGCUCUGCCUCGGUAGACUCCGUCCCACUUUCACUUGUGUCAGUGCCAAACAAUGACAUACUGGUCUCUAGCUUCACACCAAGUGAACCCGAAGAGAACAGAGCCGCCGCUGAGAUAUCAAAGCUGCCGAACGUGAAACCGGAAGCUCAAGGCAACUGUAAUAAAAAGAAAAUCCCCGCCAAACCACUGCGGAAAUUUUCUAGUGGACAUUCCCCCGAGAACACCGGCCAGUGCCAGGUUAGCAAAAACAACAAGAAGAAACCUAUGUUUGACAAUCAGGGGCGUGAUUAUUUUCAGCGGAAUUUGAAACUGAAGGACAAUCGCGUGAAGUCCACACUGAGGCAGCAUGCCAUGUCUGGCUAUCAAAGUCAUCUCCCUGCUGAUUUGAUAGAUGACUGCACCCUGGAGGCGCUGUCCAAGGAGGAUGUGUUGAUAUUGUGGAGGAAGUCAGAGAUUGAUUUGGAGAGUAGACUUCAAGAGGUUUUGGCAAAGAAUCGACGUCUGAGCCUGGCCAUUGAUUAUCUGACGAGACAAGAAUUUUCUGGUGAGCCGGAGGAAGUCUGAGAGAAUUUGAACUGGACAAAAAGACAUCAGCAUCUUCACUACAAGGAAGAAAUUCGUAAAGCCUCUAGCUUUCAAUCUGAGAGACUUCGGUCUUCACAUCAAUGCUACACUGUGCAGUCUUCAAUUCUGUGCUACACUGGGCUGCUUCACGGAACCUGUAGAAGAGAAUUUGAAAAAUAGACCCUCGUGUGUUUUCCGUCCGCGUCUCUUAUGUUUUUCCUUUUUUCAGACUAUGUUGCGGCAUGUCUAUACACUGCUACUACCAUCAGUGACUCCAUAUAUCAUGUUUGCCUUUACCUUUAAACAAUUCUACAUUUCUUCCCCGAAACUCCCAAUCGAGAAGUGCUGACAAUUUCAACCCGUGAUUCAUUAACGCACAAAACUCUGAUCGCUCUUAAUGUACUUGUCUGAUUGGGCAAACAUUUUACAUGAAAUGAUUCAUUUGAAUAGCUGAGAUUUUGAGAUCAGGAUGCAGGGAACCAAUGACUUAAAAGUAAACAAUCUGUUAUUCCUGCAAAUGCAAGACACCUUUUGAAAACAAUAGGGCUGAGGACAAGCCUUUCUUAUAAGCUAACUUUUUAAAAAUGUAAAUAUUUUGUAACUAGUUUUGUGGAAAUAUUAUUCCAUUCAAAAUGAAAUCUGUUUUAUGUGCAAUAAUGUUAUAGUAACCAAAAGUAUGAUGCCAACUACAACUAUUUGCAAUAAUUGUCACAUAUUUGAGAGGGAUAUUUCAUAUUUCAGAAAGUCUUCUCUCUUGAAUAAUGAAAAAAAUCCUAUAAAAACCCAUUUUGGUUUCUAUGGUAAUAGGGAGUGUAUUCACAGUGUUUCUGUGUCAAAUUAUUGAUUCAUGUUAUGUUGUUUUAUUAGUUAAGAAUCUUGGUUUGAUCACUCCAUGAAGAAGAUAUUAUCUGUACACGUAGCUCGUAGUUGGAUGUAUAAAUUUUGUAUUGGAUCAGGAGAGUUUUGUCAGUCAGUUGACUAGCAAUUAUUCUGGUGAGUUUUGGUUGUCCAAAUUGUAUGUUAAUGUUUAUACAAACACUAAGACUGUAAAUAGUGUUUUCAUGUAUUGUAAAUGUUGAUUGUCAAAGGUGAUAUAGUUUUUUUUAUGGUGAUACUAUGCAAUAUAUAUUUCCUUUUUUAAAAAAUAUUUGUAUACUAAAACAUAUAAUGAGUACAUAUGUUUGAGACCGGGGAGAGGAUACUCCAUCUUAAAAUUAGUAUAAAAUCUGCCGCAUUUUAUUUUUACAAAGUAAAUCAUUUCGUUGUGCCAAUAGAAUGAACUUAUAACAGGUGAUAACAAGAAAACAAGUCCACUGUUCUAGGAUUCUAGAGCUAUUACCAAAACAUGUCAGGGGAUUUUGUUCUCCUUCUGUGUCUACACACAUGAAACACAACGCCCAUGGGUCAGUUGGGGUUCAGUCCAAUGAUGGUCUAGAACAGUAUUUUCCCUUCACUUGUUGUAACUAAGUAUUACUGGUUUGGGCUUUGUAUUUCCAACUAUUUAUGUUUGACCACACAACAAACACACACACGCAGAAUAGAGACAGGGAGUUAAUCUAUUAGUAAAAUCCCCUUAUAUAUAAUUUUUGUUUAUUCUAGAACUUGCUAAAUCCUUAUGGUCCCUGUCGAGAACCUAUAAAAAAAAGGAUCCUGUUAGUACAUAAGAUCUUAUAUCACUGCCACUGAUCCUGUUAGUACAUAAGGUCUUAUAUCACUGCCACUGAUCCUGUUAGUACAUAAGGUCUUAUAUCACUGCCACUGAUCCUGUUAGUACAUAAGGUCUUAUAUCACUGCCACUGAUCCUGUUAGUACAUAAGGUCUUAUAUCACUGCCACUGAUCCUGUUAGUACAUAAGGUCUUAUAUCACUGCCACUGAUCCUGUUAGUACAUAAGGUCUUAUAUCACUGCCACUGAUCCUGUUAGUACAUAAGGUCUUAUAUCACUGCCACUCUUCCUGUUAGUACAUAAGGUCUUAUAUCACUGCCACUCUUCCUGUUAGUACAUAAGGUCUUAUAUCACUGCCAUUGUUCCUGGUCUGGUGAACUCUAAGUUAUUGAAAUUGUUUUUGAGCGAUGUGAAUUUUUUAAUGUAAUGUUUUCAAUUAUUUGUAGGAAAAUUUGUAUUAUUAUUAUUAGUCUGAAUGAUUAAAUUUAAAUUAUUAUUCUAAUUCUU